AUUUUUAUCAGUUCUCUCGACUAUCAACUUCACUCGGGUCCCCUUGCUCGUCGGACAGACAUAGCCGUAUGGAAAUUUUUAUGUCUGUUACUCCCAUGUCUCAAACAGUCAUUGUCCUUACGAAAGGAUAACCAUCUCGCAGUGCCGAUCCACAUGCACUCUAUCUUUUCACAGGUGUCAUUCUGUUGUCGAUAUCAACACUAGGCCUUUCCUACAUCUUGGCAAUAAUUAGAUGGUUCAUUCUUCUUCUCCUGAAACAUCGCGGAAUAUUCCUGGAAGGAACGAGAACCUUCGGGAUCUCCAUUGGUGCAAAUACAGUUUCACUGGCCCUUAUCCUAAAUGGAGUGCCAUAUCUGUGCUACGGACUUGGUGGAUAUAUCGACCGCUCAAAGGACGAGUACAACUUGAUCCUUUAUAAAACCUGCGCGAUUCAACUUCCAUCAUCAUCUUCCCGCACAUCUUACUCAGAAUGGCCGUUCUCCCUGAUCAACCUCAAGGUUACACCCAGCCUCUCGUCUCGUCGCACGCGAAUGGUUCGCUUCCAAACGACCUCGGAGUGAAUGACAUCCCCACCUACCCCGACCUCUUGAAUGGAACCAACUGCGAAAAUCCCGCCGUACCCGACUUCAAACCUCCCUCCCAGGUUGAUGUACUUGUAGUUGGUGCUGGUCCGGUUGGACUGAUAACUGCCGGACUCCUGGCACGUCAAGGAAUAACCACGCGUAUCCUGGACAAGUCGGCCCAUCCUUUGCCUGUCGGUAGGGCUGAUGCCUUGCAGCCUCGGACGUUGGAACUUUUCCAACAGAUGGGUAUUGUUGACGAAGUCACUCCUCUCGGACCACUCAUGGGACACACGGUGGUCUACAAAGAUGGAAAGAAAGAGAUCUUCGCGGAGAGUCACCAGUCACCCUCUUAUUCUUGCCGUUAUCACGGUCUCCACACCGCUACUCAGACCGAAAUCGAACAUGCACUCAUAAGAGAUCUUAUUCGUCAUGAUAUGCUCGUUGAGCGGCCUUGCACUGCAACAUCGUACAAGUUCGACGAAGACGCCGAUGCUUCCGUUACGCAUCCCAUAUCUAUCAACGUGACCAACCAUGCGACUGGAGCUCAAGAACUUGUUACUGCCAGGUACUUGGUCGGAACUGACGGCGCACACAGUAUGAUUCGUAAAUCCCUGCCCGUCAAAUUCGACGGAAUCAAGACUGAUCUUCACUGGGGAAUUGUUGACGCUGUCUUUGAUACCAACUUUCCUCAUCGCUGGAUAUUCGGAACGGUUCUGAACUCCGAGCAUGGCGGCUGCCUCAUCAUCCCUCGCGAACGUGACAUGGUUCGACUAUAUGCUCAGCUAAAGCCAGAACCAGGCCAGCCAUUUGAUGCUUCGAAGUGGGGACCGAAUGAAGUUCUCGAGCAACUCAACAAAAUAUUCGCUCCCUAUUACCUCAAGUACGCUAGCCCUGUGGACUGGUUCACCAUCCUUACAAUCAAUGAGCGCGUCGCGAGCUCCUUCACGUACAAAGACAGGAUAUUCCUUGCAGGAGAUUCAUGCCAUGUACACAGUGCAAAGGGUGCCUUCGGAUUGAAUACCGGGGCUCUGGAUGCCCAGAACCUUGCUUGGAAACUCGGCGCCCUUUGCAAAGGCAUCGCCAAACCAGCCUUACUCAACUCAUACGAUGUGGAACGACGAGAAAAUGCCCUUAGAGCUGUGAGGACAUCCGCUAGGUACCUCCGCUUUGUGGGCAAUUGCACCUUCGAGAGUCUGGACGGCUUAGAGUCGCCGAUGAAUAUCGAAGAGACAAAAGUCGUGCCUUCUCCCGGAGAAGACGAACACGUUGCUUUCUUCAAGCAAUUCGCUGCGGAGAACACAGCGUUCCUUAUUGGGCUUGACAUUCGUUACAGGACCAACGCGCUCAAUAAACCUGUGGAAAGCGCGAUCACUGGUAUUCGUUGCGGAUACAGGACACCUGAUCCACGAGUCUCCCUAUCCAGGGCUGUAUCCGGGAGACUGUACGAUGCUUUUGGUCGCAUAGACCAGUUCAACCUCGUCAUCUUCGCAAGCAACCUAGCGGGAGAAAUCAAAGCUCGGCUCCAGACGCUCGAUUCCUACCUCGCCUCAUCCGCUUCCUUCUAUCAAAAAUACGCCGAUGUUGACUUGUUCAAGAUCGUCGUUGUUGUCCGGUCGACGCCUUCCCAAGCGGAGGCUCGCAUUCGGGAGUACCCAUUCUUGGCGAAGAAUGCCCAGGUGGUGUUCGAUGACCAGCUCCCGCCUGGUAUAUUCGGAGCUGAUGCUCAUUCGAUUUACGGGGUUGACCAUGGAAAGGGGGCCGUGGUCGUCGUUCGCCCAGAUACCUUUGUUGGUACGGCGGUCGUGAUUGACAACGUUUCGAACCUAGAAUCGUACCUUACGCAAUUUUUAUCGAGGUAGACUUUUUUGGAGCGUAGUACUAAGAGUUCAAGUGAUAAAUAGACGGGUUUCGGAUAGAAUAAUUAACAAAGCUUGAACUGAAACAGUGAAAG